GAUCUCGAUAGUCUAUGUUCUGUGUUCUGUGUUUAUUUGUUUAUUUGAUAAUUUAUUUUUAAAACGAUUGUUGUGAGUUGCGAUGAGUGCGCAAAGAGAACACCGAAACAUAUAAUCUGUUAAUGUAAUCACUGUUUUAAAGAGAGUAGGAGUAAUGUUAAUGUAACAUCAUGUGUUUUAUAACUCCGUGACUACAUGAAUUCAAUUACUCAAUUCAAUUUAGUGGCAUUGGUGUACGUAGUGAACUGGUACCGUGAAGAUACUUCUGUCCUAAAAAGACUGAAUAUUAUUUAGUGAUAUUAUUUGUUAGUUUAUUUACGAGUUAAGUAUGCACUUGUGCCAUUUGAUAGUUCCUUUUUUGGUUUUAAUUUCUCCUAAAGUUUCUUGUGAAGUUUACACGGCCCUAGCGGAUCUAGAGGAAUUGCUAGAUACAGAAAAUUUACUGAUUGAUACACUACAGAGUUAUAUCAAGGCUGAGGAACAGAAGCUCCAUUUACUGAGAAAGUAUGUGGACAUUUAUCAAAAUCAGCACAACAAAGCAAUCAAAGAUGUUAACUCAUAUAUUUCCAAUCCAAUUAAUGCUUAUACUCUGGUUAAAAGAUUAACUACCGAUUGGAACGAUGUUGAGGAACUCAUGUCUACUCAAGUCAGUACUGAUUUCUUAAAUAAUAUAACUUAUUAUAAGGAAACAAGACUGUUUCCUACAAAUGAAGAUUUGAAUGGAGCUGCAGUGGCUCUUACUAGGUUGCAAGAUACUUAUAAAUUGGAUACUUCAUCACUUGCAAGGGGUGAACUGAACGGCGUAAAGUACAGCGCCGAACUGACGGCGGCCGACUGCUUCGAACUCGGCAGACAAAGCUACAAUAACGGCGACUACUAUCACACGUGGUUGUGGAUGAAGGAGGCCGAAGGAAGACUGAACAAAGAAAAGAACGAGACCAUAAGCCAAAGCGAUAUUUUGGAAUAUUUGGCGUUUUCGAUAUACAAACAAGGCGAUUUAUCUCUCGCCUUAGAUUUAACUAAUAAAUUAUUAGAAAUAAUGCCGACGCAUUCGAGGGCGAUGGGAAAUAAGGUUUACUACGAAGCCGAAUUGGUGCGAUUGAUAGAGACCCAAAAGAAAAAGGGAGACGAUGAAUCUGAAGAGGUGGAGUUAGAGCAGGAUCAACCAGAUCAUGCUUAUCACAACGAUCCUUAUGCGCGGGAGUACUAUGAAUCGUUGUGUAGAGGAGAGACUAACAUUUCAGAGGAAAUAGCUUCUAAACUAAAAUGCAGGUACCUAUCAAACAACAACCCAUUUUUGAAAUUAGCGCCCUUUAAAGUCGAAGAAGCCUACCUGAAGCCCGAUUUGUUCGUUUUUCAUGACGUUAUGACCGAUGCCGAAAUCGAAACGGUCAAGCGAUUAGCUCUGCCAAGACUUCAACGAGCAACCGUGCAAAACUCCGUAACGGGCGAGUUAGAAAUUGCCCAAUACAGAAUUAGCAAAUCAGCUUGGUUGAAGGAGGAGGAACACAAGCACAUCGCCGAUAUAUCGCAGAGAGUGGAAGACAUGACGGGAUUGUCUAUGAAGACUGCCGAGGAGUUGCAGGUGGUGAAUUAUGGCAUCGGUGGUCAUUAUGAACCCCAUUUUGAUUUCGCUAGAAGGGAUGAGUUGAAGACUGCUUUUAAGAGUUUGGGCACAGGAAACCGAAUCGCUACGGUCCUAUUCUAUAUGAGCGACGUGGCUCAAGGUGGCGCGACCGUCUUUCCGAUGGUAGGAGCUGCGCUCUGGCCGAAAAAGGGUACCGCCGCCUUCUGGUACAACUUGUACCCGAGCGGGGACGGUGACACGCUAACCAGGCACGCCGCUUGUCCGGUUUUGGCGGGAUCGAAAUGGGUGUCAAAUAAAUGGAUUCACGAGUUUGAGCAAGAAUUCAGGAGGCCUUGCACAUUGGAAAGGCCGCCAGAACAUUUAACGAUAUAAUUCUUUAUAUAACGAUGAAUGGCCGAUAUUUCGAAAAAUUGUCAUUUUAAUUGCGUCGGAAUUACUUGAAUGUAAUCUAAAGUACUUACCGUUUGAUAAGAUAUUUUGGUAGCCCUAUUCUCUGCUCCAAUUUACCCAAAGUAAGACAGAAGCUUGUACCUAUAGGUGAAAAAUUCUUCGUUUAAUGAUAACAUAGCUUGGCUUAAUAAUAUACACCCAUUCCGUGUCCUGUUUAACACGUUCCCCUUCCAAUUCCGUACCCGUACCUAUUUAUUUACCUCUAGUCUAGAAAACCAUAUAUCGUUUUAUUUGGACUCAUUGUCUUAUUUGUAUCCAAUGGUUUAUUAGAAAUUGCUGAAUGCAAUGUGGCUAAAAAGCAGUUUCUAAUAUUUAUCUAAUCAUUAUUUGAAAUAUACUGCUAGACGAUAUGUUUAUGUAGUUAAAAUGUUACAGAAAGUCUUGGAAAAAACUUUUGAUCGUAUAAAUACACCACAAUUUUUUGAUUUUAAUAUAGUUGACCAUGAUGAAAGCGAUGAUAAUGGAUAUUUUGAACAAGAGCGUCUCACAUUAAGGGGA